GCCCCUCCGAAGAAGAAACAUGCAGCAUGGAGCUCCUGAACCUGAAGGGGCUCUUCAUUUCUCAGCCCGUCUCUGUGUCCAUGGCUGAUCGGUCAGAUACGCCACCAUGCCGGAGUAGCCUCACAUGAUUCACCCUGAACCAGAGGAGAGCCAGAAAGCGCCAUGCCGUCCGACCCUGAAGCCCCCGCGCUCCAACGUCAGCUUCCUCCGCAACGCGUCGCACCUCGUCGCAGGCAGGCAGCCACCGCGCGGGCGACUUCUCGCUUCACCACCGUGCCAGGUCCGACGUGGAGGCGGCCGCGUUCCCGCGUGCGGCGCGCUGCUCGGAGCACACGCACCGUGCGACGGAACGCCAUGGCGGCCGGCCACCUGCAGCCGCGCCUGGCGCACUGCCAGUGCAAGGCGACGUCGACGCGUCGGUGCCGGCGAUGCGAAACAGAGUGCUUCUGCUUCCCUGUGCCCCCUCCGGCCGUCUAUCCCAGCUUGAGAAUCUUGUUGUUUUUCAGUUGAUCUGAGCUUCUAAACUUGCAGAAUGGGUGAUUUAGCUCGUGGACUUGAGAGCCUGGGUCGUGUACUAGAUGGGAGCAAGAGGCCAGGUAGAUUGAAGUUGCCAGUUUUAAGUCACGUCACAGAUAAUUUCUCCGAUAAUCGAAAAAUCGGCGAAGGUGGCUGUGGCCAUGUCUACAAGGGCAUCCUCCCAAGUGGCAAGAUGGUUGCUGUGAAGAAGCUUUUCAAAAGCCAAGCGAUGGAUGAGACGAUGUUUCAGCAGGAGGUCAAAACCAUGAUGAGUGUUAAGCACCAAAAUAUAGUUGGGUUUAUAGGGUACUGCUCUCAUACAGAACAAGAAGCGGUGCAAAUGACAAGAAAAUAUGUUCUUGCCGAUGAACGGGAAAGGCUGCUCUGUUUUGAGUAUAUCAGCAAGGGAAGUCUUGAGGACCAUGUAACCGAUGAAUUAAGGGGACUUGAAUGGCAUAUUCGUUUUCAAAUUAUUAAGGGGAUUUGUCAGGGUUUGCAUCAUCUUCAUAAGGAAAAGAGUAUUAUUUAUAUGGAUCUCAAACCUGCCAACAUACUAUUAAAUGAUGAUUGGGUGCCAAAAAUAACAGAUUUUGGCAUAUCAAGAUCUGGGGAAACAUCAGAAACUAUGAGUGAAGUUCGUAUGUAUUCACCGUAAGUAAUGCAUCAAGACAACACAUUAUUAUUUGUCCUUACCAAAUAUUUAGUUACUUACAUUUCCAUUGUCAUGUUGCAUAAUAUUACUUUUAUGCAGACAAUAUUGUGCUCUAGAAUACAAACUCAAUGGGAGAAUGUCAUUCAUGUCAGAUAUUUACAGUUUGGGUGUCAUAAUCAAACAGAUGGUGACCGGAAGUAGGGAGGAGCCUAAUGUUGAUAGGGUAAC